CCAGGAUACAGUGUACACCUCUGGGCCUGGCACAGAGUGGGCCCACAUUGCUCAACAGAUGCUGCUGAGUGGAGGGAGACACUGUUUUGUAAAUGCAGUGUCAUGUUCCAGACCUCACUUACCUGCUGAGCAUACCAUGCUAUCUUCUUUUGCAGGCUAUCGGCUGUACUCUGAACUGUAGCUGCCAAAGUUUCAAACCCGGGAAAAUAAACCAUCGUCAGUGUGAGCAGUGCAGACACGGAUGGGUGGCCCACGCUCUAAGUAAGCUGAGGAUCCCCCCAGUGUAUCCAACGAGCCAGGUGGAGAUUGUCCAGUCCAAUGUGGUGUUUGAUAUUAGCAGCCUCAUGCUCUAUGGGACCCAGGCCAUUCCUGUUCGCCUGAAAAUCCUCCUGGACCGGCUCUUCAGUGUGUUGAAGCAGGAUGAGGUUCUCCAGAUCCUCCAUGCCUUGGACUGGACCCUGCAGGAUUAUAUACGUGGAUAUGUGCUGCAGGAUGCAUCAGGAAAGGUGUUGGAUCACUGGAGCAUCAUGACUAGUGAGGAAGAAGUGGCUACCUUGCAGCAGUUCCUUCGUUUUGGAGAGACCAAAUCCAUAGUUGAGCUCAUGGCAAUUCAAGAGAAAGAAGAGCAACCCAUCAUCAUUCCACCUUCCACAGCAAACGUGGACAUCAGGGCGUUCAUUGAGAGCUGCAGCCACAGGGGCUCCAGCCUCCCCACUCCCAUGGACAAAGGAAACCCCAGCAGUAUACACCCCUUUGAGAACCUCAUAAACAACAUGACUUUUAUGCUGCCUUUCCAGUUCUUCAACCCUCUGCCCCCUGCGCUGAUAGGGUCACUGCCUGAACAAUAUAUGCUGGAUCCGGGUCAGGACCAAAGUCAGGAACCCAAACAGGAAAUCCACAGGCCCUUUCCUGACAGCAGCUUCUUAACUUCCAAUUCCACAGCAUUUCAGGUUGAAAAAGAUCAGUGUUUAAACUGUCCAGAUGCUGUUACUACAAAAGAAGACGGUGCCCAUUUGAGUGACUCCAGUUCAUACAACCUUGUUGCUAAGCUGGAAAGGACGCAGUUAUCCCCUGAGGUCAAAGUGAAGCCAGAGAGGAACAGCCUCAGCACCAAGAAAGGCCGGGUGUUCUGCACUGCGUGCGAGAAGACCUUCUAUGACAAAGGUACCCUCAAGAUCCACUACAACGCCGUCCAUCUGAAGAUCAAGCAUAAGUGCACCAUUGAAGGGUGUAACAUGGUGUUCAGUUCCCUGAGGAGCCGGAACCGCCACAGCGCCAACCCCAACCCUCGGCUGCACAUGCCAAUGAACAGAAAUAACCGGGACAAAGAUCUCAGGAACAGUCUGAACCUGGCCAGCUCUGAGAACUACAAGCGCCCAGGUUUCACAGUGACGUCUCCAGACUGUAGGCCUCUCUCCACCUAUACUGGUUCAGGGGAGGAUUCCAAAGGCCAACCAGCCUUCCCAAGCAUUGGGCAAAAUGGCGUGCUCUUUCCCAACCUAAAGACAGUUCAACCAGUACUCCCUUUCUACCGCAGUCCAGCCACUCCUGCCGAGCUGGCAAACACACCCGGGAUGCUGCCUUCUCUCCCUUCAUUGUCGUCUUCAAUCCCAGAACAGCUGGUUUCAAAUGAAAUGCCAUUUGAUGCCCUUCCCAAGAAAAAAUCCCGGAAGUCCAGCAUGCCUAUCAAAAUAGAGAAGGAAACUGUGGAAAUAGUGAAUGAGAAGAGGCAGAUCCUCAGCUCAGAUGAAGACACGCCCCUGCAAGUGGUCAGUGAAGAUGAACUGGAGGCCUGCAGUCCUCAGUCAGACAGAGUGUCUGGGGAGCAGCACAUGCAGUCAGGAAACUUAGGGAUCCCUCUCCCAGAAGGACAGAGGCCCUGCCAUCUUGAAUCAGUGUUGGAGUCCAGUGGCACCAUCAGCCAAACCCCUGAGCAGACCACACACAACUCAGAUAGGAACACUGAGCAGAAACUAGCUUUGACCAUGGCAUCAAGGGAAGUGGAGGGUGGUGGCCGUGAGCAUCACUUCACACCUGGGAUGGAGCCCCGAGUUCCUUUUCCUGACUACAUGGAACUGCAGCAGCGCUUGCUGGCUGGGGGACUCUUCGGUGCUUUGUCCCACAGGGGAAUGGCUUUUCCUGGUCUUGAAGAGUCUAAAGAACUGGAGCACGUGGGUCAGCAGGCAUUGGCAAAGCAGAAGGAAGAGAAUCGCUUCCAGUGUGACAUCUGCCAUAAGACCUUUAAAAAUGCUUGCAGUGUGAAAAUGCAUCACAAGAAUAUACACGUCAAAGAAAUGCACACGUGCACAGUCGACGGCUGUGAUGCCACCUUUCCUUCCCGCAGGAGCAGAGACAGACACAGUUCAAACCUAAGCCUCCACCAAAAAGCACUGAGCCAAGAAGCCCUGGAGGGUGGUGAAGACCAUUUCCGUGCAGCCUACCUUCUGAAAGAUGUGGCUAAGGAGGCGUAUCAGGAUGUGGCUUUCACCCAGCAAGCCUCCCAGACAUCUGUCAUCUUCAAGGGCACAAGUCGAAUGGGCAGUCUGGUUUACCCAAUCACCCCGGUCCACAGUACCAGCCUGGAGAGCUACCAUUCUGGCCCACCCAGCGAGGGCACCAUCCUGGAUCUGAGCACUACCUCGAGCAUGAAGUCCGAGAGCAGCAACCAUUCUUCUUGGGACUCUGAUGGGGUAAGCGAAGAAGGGACUGUGCUAAUGGAGGACAGCGAUGGAAACUGUGAAGGGCCAGGCCUUGUCCCGGGGGAGAAUGAGUACCCUAUCUGCGUUCUGAUGGAGAAGACCGACCAGAGCCUUGCCAGCCUGCCUUCUGGGUUGCCUAUAACCUGUCACCUCUGCCAAAAGACAUACAGUAACAAAGGGACUUUUAGGGCCCACUACAAGACGGUGCACCUUCGUCAGCUCCACAAGUGCAAAGUGCCAGGCUGCAAUACCAUGUUUUCAUCCGUUCGCAGCCGAAACAGACACAGCCAGAAUCCCAACCUGCACAAAAGCCUGGCCUCCUCUCCAAGUCAUCUCCAGUAACACAGUGGCAGACCAGAUAUGCUCUGAUUUGUCCUUGUUCAGGAAUAAGGUAGUCCAAAGAAACGUUUCUGACUAUUUCAUACCAUUUGUGCAGCAAGCCAAGCAAAAAGUGUUUGUUGUGACUUCUCAGUUUUCUGCAGCAGGAUGAGCAAAAGAUGAACCUUGCAGGAAGUUAACACUGGGGCAGCCUUUCCCAUUAUUAAUUUUCUUAGCCCAAGAGGUUUUUCACUGACAUAAGGAAAACUUGCAGAAAUGCAGGGUUUUUUUCCAGAUUUGUUUACACGUUCCCUGGGAGAGCUCCAGGUCUGCAGAUCGACAAAGGGAGCACAGGAUUCAGAGGCAGCUUCUAGUGAAGCUUGCAGUGUUAAGGGUCUUGGAGGAGAAGACUGUCGCCAUGGGCAAGAUGCCAGUCCCAAAGAUCACGUUUUCAGUUCUUUCUCUAAUGAGUCUGAACUCCAGACUUGAGUUUGAGAAAAUGACUUUUCGAGACCACCGCUUCAUUGGAGUGGAGAAUUGUUUCCCUCCCUCCCCUAAAGGUCUCAUAUGUUACCCCAGGGACUUCUCAGAGGAAGUGGGUUGGCCUCCAACAUGUUCCUUGUUCAUUCUGUAACACUUGUUCAAAAAGCGAGGGGGAGUAUUUCAUGCACUUAAAAAUAGUCGUCUUCAAUUUAAUUUAAAGUGAUUUUGAUAAUAUUUAAUUUGUGUUUGUUAUAUGAGUGUUUGGUAUGAGUGCAGACAUGUCAUACUGUCACCUCUGGAUCUCUGCUUGGAAGCAGAACAAACGACAAUCUAAGCUUCAAAACUGCUGCCCAUUUUCAUUUAGUGGACUUUGGAGUCUGAUCAUAUCGACCCCCGGUGAAAUGAAUGCACGCAGGAUCCUGGCAGGACCAUUUGUAUAUAUUCCACUAAAGCGAUUAGAGAACAUGGUUCUGAUGGCUGUGUAUUUUCAAUGUCACUGGAUCCCUCGGUCUUCAGCCUUUUAUAAAUGUGUAAGAUUAGGAUGAACUUUGCAAUUUACUUGGCAGAAGGAAAGUAGGACGUUAUUGCCAUACUGUAUGUCUUAAUAUUUAACUUAUUUUGAAAUACAUUUCACACUGUUGACAUUGAGGCUUAAUCAACCUUAGGGAAUGAGGCCAUCUCCUGAAAUUUGACAUUUACAGUAUUCUAAGCACCUGUGUAAGUUAAAAGAAGUUGAUUUUUGUAUUCAGAGUUCAGGUUCACUGUUUCACUGUCUUUUAAACUCAUGGUUGAUUUAAGGGUUAUAAGAGAUACUGUUCCUCUGGCCUAAAAGCGAAAAACCAACAACCUGUUAGAGAUUAUUUCAACUUUUUAAAAAAUAAAUAUGACAAUAUAAAACUUGUCUCUGCUUAAAAGAAGAUGUAUCCUUCAACUAUUUAGCUACCCAGCUGUUUAAUUUUCCAAUUUCCCCAAAGUAAAAAAAAAAAAAAAUUUGUAUGCAAAUAUUUUCUAUGAUUUAAU